CAGCCUAGUUCCAAGUCUUUCCUUGCAUGCGCGGGUGGAUGCUGUGGAGACCGCGUAGUAUCGAKACAACACCUAAGAAAAAGUGUUUAAAUUUUCCCUGAUUUCUCCACAACUUUUCCUGAAUUUUUCUUCUUGGUAGAGCAACAACUAAAUGGUGUUAAAUAUCGGGUUCCAUCACUAGUUCACGUCACUUUUAGAGGCAACUUGAAGAGGUGCAAAGGGCUGGUACUCAACAUGGGCUCACGAUACAAUUGGCAAGAAAUUGCCAAAGUGUCGUUCCUCUUUGUUCUAUUGAGAUACCAAAUCAUUGGUACUACGGCUUUUCCAGAAAUCCACCGAGGAUCAACAAUAAAUGAAUUCCAAGGACACGAUGACGAGAUCUUAAAAAUCCAAAAGCGACAAUCAGCAUCAAGUGAUUUAAAAAUUGACUUCGAAACCGCUGGGGAUAAAGAUAACUAUUUCACAAUCAGUCCAACAUCCACAGGCUAUUCAUUAUCACGAUCAACAGCGCACUACAAAAGUGGAAGUAACUCUCUUCUUUGGGCGUGGCCAACACGGGCACAAUCCUCAACAAAGGUGAAACUGACUCUUGAUUUUGGUACGAACACAAGAACCGGCAAAGAACUCUCUCGAGGUGGAAUCAAAUUUUGGAUGUAYCGCGCGAACAAAUCCCCGAAAACAACCAUGCAGAUUGUUUUUGUCGGCACCGACAAAAGUUCAACAGCAACUAGAAGCUCACCGACCGAUGUAACGUUAGAUUUCAAAGGAUGGAGAGCAGUGUGGAUUGGAUACGCAGAAUUUCCUUCUGGUCAAUUUGAUUUAAGUGUCUUAUCGUCAAUUGAAUUUGAAAUAACCACGCUUACUGCUGACAGCUUGUUCAUUGACUUGGUUCAGAUAGUUGGUUCUCUUAAAAAACAAUCUCGUGAUACUGUUGUAAGACGAACUGGUCAGUUGCCUUCGCCCUCGCCCUCGCCMUCGCCUCCUCCUUUUUAUUCUGCAAAAUCUUUCUGGCAGCAAACACUGCGGUGGUAUGAAGAGGAAGUUCCACAGCCACCGGACGAAAUCCCUGACAAACCAGGCAAAAUUAGCGACAUAACAAAAAUUGAAAGUCGACUUGAAAACUGGUAUCUAAGCACAACAGAGGCAGUUUCUUCUCUCGAGCAGUCUACUACAACUAUCAAGAAAACUUCAGGUUAUGACUUUAGAGCGGCAAAAAGCAGUCGUUGGUCAACGCUCUCGGCUGAUAUAAAGAAAGCGCACGAUAAGUACAAUAAUAUCCAAUUCAGCAAUAAACGACCGACCCUGUUUGCAUCUAAAUCAGGCAUAGGGGAGAAUGAUAUCAGCACUGGUGACGACGCAAUGACGCCAUUUGGCUAUGUUUUCCCAAAAGUGCUACUUCCUCUUGCAUUAGAAUAUAACUUGAGGACAAGGGAUGCCGAGAAAAAGUUCCUGGCAAACACUUACUGUUCAGAUUUGCUUAAUCAAGCAGUUACAACAAGCUUACCUGCGGUCGAGAAAAUUGCAGGAACGAGCGCAUUUAUGAAAGGGGAGUUCAAAAAGUUGGUUGAUGCUGCAAAAGUAAGACCSAGUAAUCCUCUGAACUGCAAUAAAGUGAGUGAACGUAUUCCUUCGAUGGAAGCCGUCAUUGAUGAGCUCAACGAUUUGCGUUUCAAAAGAAUCAAAGCCUUACUGGAGUUUUUGCAGGAACAAGGAUGGGCCGAGGGUAGUGCUAUUGGUUCACUCGAUCACGAAAUGAAUAAAUGUGGAUCUGGAUUCAUGCACUCUAUGUUUUUACUGAGAACARCUUUGAGAACAGAGACAAAUCUUUUUAACAGCCUCGUUGGUGCUAUGAAAUGGUAUAACGAAUUUAAUGAGAUCUACCAGGAAGAGGAUAACUACGUVUWCGAUGGWACAACUGCUGAUCGAGCGAGGACAAUUCUUUUUUUCAGGCUGAUGAUUAUACUUAUAGACAAUACUGACCAAGAUCGACAAAUAACUGAUUUAAAYUAUUUGAARACUUGGUUCAAGCAYGCUGUUAAAUUCAACAAAGGACUUGGUGGACUUGUCAAACCAGACUACACUGGUUUUCAUCAUMAGACGUUCUAUGGACCAGCUUACGUCCAGCACGCAUUGCACAACCUAGCACUUGUGCAAUACUUUUUAGAUGGCACCAGUUUUGCUGUAGACGAAACUUCGAAGAGUAACAUCCGAAAAUCUUUAGAAGUUAUGAGAAUGGUAUCGGUGAAGUAUUCCACUCCAAAUGGCAUCGGUGGUCGCUUUCCUGGAUACAAAAGAGCAUCUCUCGUCAAGCACAUCCCUGCGUACGCCUACAGUUCAUGGUGUGUAGCCGCCAAAGGAUUUGGUCGAUACGUUUGGGAUUACGAAAGUAGUCCGACGCAAAACGUUUUUGGAGUUUUUGCCAGUCACGGAUCUCUACAGAUAUCGAACAGCGAAAGUGCAUUAGAUGUGUACGACAUUGAUAACGGUUGGGACUGGACACGAGUUCCUGGUACGACUACGAUCAAAAUGGACAUCGAUCAAGCUCAAMYWAGCAAAGCAAGAAAUUACAAUUAYGAAGGGAAAUUUGCUGGUGGAGUCARCAUAAUAGGAUCAAGUGCUACCGGACGGGCACAAAAUGGAGCUUUUGGGAUGCAUUUAGUAAAACCAGACUACSAAAUGAAAGGAAGCUUAGAGAACACUCCAUUGGAUGAUGCUACAUUUGAAUUCAAGAAGUCGUAUUUUUUCUAUGGUGACUUGAUUGUGUGCCUUGGAAGUGAUAUAAAACUCGGCGGCGUCCAAGUCAAUACCAACUACGCUCAAACAACUCUUUUCCAGGACAAACUCAUCGACCCAGAAACAAGCACGAUWAAAAUUAGCAAGACAACCUUCAAUUUUAACGACAACCAAAAUUUCAAGAAAACSUUUCAGACAGGAGUAASYAAGARGAUAGAAGACACUCAUGGCAACGUAUAUGAAGUUAAAACAGGCGAUAAUAUUCUAACGGUUGAAAUAAAUACACAGACAUCAAAAAAGUCCAACGGAAAAUCUGAUACCUCGGGGAAUUAUGCAGUUGUUUAUCUCAAGCAUCAGAUGGCAACGACYACAAAGAAGAGAAAACUCAUUAAUCCGCGAAUAAUGARUCAAACAAAAAGAGACRUUGCUGAUGAAUGGGUUAAAGAARUUGAUGACGAAGAUGAUGAUGRCCACGAURAUGACAAUGAAGAUUUGGACGCUAAUAAAAAGCAGAGUGUUGGAAGUUCUGUAGAGACAUACAGCUAUCGAUAUGCAAUUGUCAUUGCAGGAGCAAGCAGAUCUUUGUUUARAAAAUACAGCGUAAUAAGACAAGACUCCAAAGCUCAUGCCAUCAAAUUGACAGGCUUCCCAGGUUUAAGCAGCACCACUACUGUGUAUGGAUACUCGAUUUUCGAAGAUWUCACUUCCGCACCACUCACCGAUGGACCAGUCSRAAUUGUAGAUGCCCCGUGUAUGAUAAUGGCAGAAAAAGACGGUACCACUCUACAUCUUGCCAUMAGUGAUCCAACUAUCAAGUUUGGAGACGAUCCUUCGAUGGUAAACAAAAAKACCUGCACAGAUKYCRAGCCGAAAACAAAUCUAUACAGCCCCAAAACGUCCRKAGAUSUUGGUCCRAAGAUGUUGUUUUGUGUAGAAGGUAAAGCCAGCGAUGAAAUCACUGUCACCCUGAAUGUCGGMGUUCAGAGCAUUGUGAGCACCAAAGUCGACGGCAAAACGACAUCACAAAACCCUCGACUUAACACCACUAAUAGCGCCCAGCCAAAGUUGAUAUUUUCGAACCUCGUCAAUGGCUUCACUACUGAAGUCAAACUGAUAACUUUGUCAUAAAAGAAAAAAUAUAUGACAAGAAAUUCUAAAAACGGAUAACGUACACGGCUCGAAAGAUAAAACAUUUAGAAAAAUUAUAAAUGAUAAAAUGCAAUAAAUGUUAACAUAACAUAGUAAUAAAGUUAAGAUAAAAAACUUUUGAUCCUUAAAAUCGAGGAAAUCAAUUGUAAUGACAAAUAAUAAGAAUAAAGAAUCACUUAUAAACCUUA